AAUAUUGGCAAGGCAUGUCCAUACUGAAAGAUGCUAAGUGUUACCUGAACGUAACUUCCAUAGAUCUCUAAAAGCAUAAGAGACAGUAUAGUCUUGUACAAGAAUAUAUCCGUUUUAAUUUCUUCUUCGUUAAGCUAAACAAAGUCGAUCGAAAUGAACGCUUAUAUCUAAAAGACCUUGGUAACAAAUAAGCUCUUAAUAUUGCUAUGUUGAUCUGCAAAGAUAGUACCUUCAUAAAAGAAUUAUUACUAUAGUCAAUUAAUCGCACACAUCAUGGAACGUGUGAGUAGCAAGAAGUACCUUCAACUGAAACCAGAUGAAGCAAGUCUUUUCGAUCUCAUACUUAUUCUGUUCUCCGGGAAUCUUGGGAGCAAACAAUUCAUAGAAUCUUUGAGAGUGACAGAGAUAGCCUUUGAACGUCGAGGAUACAUCUUUCUCUCCGUGUCUGUGCAAAAAGCUCUUCACGUCUUUUCAAAGCUUCUGUCAAUUUUAGGUUCAAUUUCAGAGUUCUGCCUAAAUCUUCUUGCUAGUAACCAGAGUCUUCCUACAUUGUUGUUGAGAAUCCUACAAGGGAAGGUAGUGAUGCCAGAUAAGGAGUCAGCCAACUAUCUCUCGGCUAUUGGAUUUAUAGACACAAGAGUGAAUUGUCAUAAGAAGUUCAAACCUGAGGAUAAAACAUAUAUUGUUGCGCUUUCUGCAGUGGCAUCAAAAGUAGCCUACGAGAAUAAAGCUUUCAUCCGAGCUACUGUCGAGGAUCAAUGGAAGAUCGAGUUGCUAGGUGAGGGUGCCUCUGAUUUUUGGAAUGAGUAUCACCAAAAGAAAUCGACUCAAGCAUUCAUAUUUCAUGAUAAUACAACCAGUCCAGACAGAAUUAUUGUGGCAUUUAGAGGCACUGAACCCUUCAAUUCAGAUGAUUGGAGUACAGAUUUCGACAUAUCUUGGUACGACUUCCAGGACAUGGGAAAAGUCCACGGCGGUUUCAUGAAAGCUCUAGGCUUACAGAAAGGUGAAAGUUGGCCUCCCAAUAUCCCACAAGACGACCAACACCCGGUAGCAUACUACACAAUCAGGGAAAAACUAAGAGACUUCUUUCAGAAAAAUAACCAAACCAAGUUUAUUCUAACAGGGCACAGCUUAGGCGGUGCGCUCGCAAUUCUUUUUGCAGCUGUUCUUGUAUUGCACAAUGAGUCCUUUAUACUGGAAAGAUUGGAAGCAAUUUACACAUUUGGGCAGCCAAGAGUUGGGGAUGCUGAAUUUGGUGAUUUCAUGAAGGAAAAUUUCAGGAAUUAUGGCAUUGGAUAUUAUAGGUUUGUCUAUAGUCAUGAUAUUGUGCCUAGAUUGCCUUAUGAUAACACUACCCUGUGUUUUAAACACUUCGGAACAUGCCUUUACUAUAGCAGCAUAUAUGAAGGAAAGAUUGUUUCGGAAGAACCAUACAGGAAUUACUUUUCUCUGAGAUCACUAAUAUCAAAGAGGGUCGAUGCAUUGUGGGAGUUAGUGAGAAGCUUUCUUCUUCCAUAUCUGUAUGGAACAGAAUAUAAAGAAAGCUUGCUUCUUCAAGCACUUAGAUUGUAUGGACUUCUAUUUCCAGGCAUGCCGGCUCAUGGUCCCCCUGAGUAUAUUAAUGCAAUUUGUUUGGGAGAUGCUACUUUACUCAUCAAUGAUCAAGAUGAUUCUCAACUACUUUGAUGUCUUAUUGGAAGAAAAUGGAUAUUGUCCCUCCAUUAAUCAAGGAUUCGUUUAUUUUUUUAUUUUUUUUGAAAGCGUCAUGGUGGUCCAUUUAACUAGUAAUAAAGCGCGUAUCACAUUGAUCCAUAAACGACAAAACAUCUAGAUUUUUUUGUUUCUUCUACUCUUUAUCGGAUGAUCAAAUGUAAAGUUUGAAUGUUCCAUUGAGUAAUUAUUCUGUUGCUUUUA